AUGACUCUGGUUCAGCAGCACCACCAGGCCAUCGACCUCUUGUCGCACGAUCCCUUUGAUCAUGCCGAGGUUCUGAACGAAAAAACCCUUCGUGGUCUUAACGAUGUGGACGAAGAAACAGAUUUCGAAGAAUGGCCGGUGACCCCGGCACAGGCUCAGAUAUUGGAGUCAGACGAGAAACAAUGGUGCCGUAUCAGUCUCAUUCUUCCUCGGAAUGCAUCUCCAGAUGUUGCACGUAUCCGCUCCGCUUGGAAACAACUGUGUUCUCUUCAUUGCUGCUUGCGAGCCGUUGUGCGGACCAACCCAAUUUCCGGACAAACAUUCCAGCGCGUGCUCGACCGGACUCCAGAUAUCCAGUGGAACACGGACCGUGCUACAUCUAACAACUCGUCACGUUCAUCGCAAUUUGAAACAACUGGCGACGAGGAUGUUGCUCAAUUGGUCGUUCGCCGCGAUCCUAGUGGCGGCCUCCGACUCACAAUCUAUGCGCGAAGAGCUCUUGUGGAUGGCACUUCCCUGGAGCUCAUCAAGCGGAACUUGGCUCGGCUGUACUGCGAUCUGCCCGUAGCUGAGCACACACCGCUGGCCUCGUACCACAAGUUCCUCGAGCACACAAAAGAUGCUACAGCCAGCGCUGAGUUCUGGAAGACACAGCUGCGAGGAGCUGUGCCACCCCGCGCGCUUCCGUGGAGCACGAAGAUUUUCGAUAUCGGACAAAUCGAAGAACGCAAUGCAGUCACAGUCCAUAUCGACGAAAACUCUCACCCCGGGCUGGCUCGAUUGGAGCAUGCCACGGGUCUGCGCCGGAAGCUGAUCUAUGAGACACUCUGGGCGUACAUUCUCCACUGCCAUUCUGGAGCAGGUGAUGUUCUCUUUGCAGCUGUGGAACGUGAUGCCAGUUUCUCCGGCACUGCUUCUUGUGUGGGAUACCUUGAUCAUACCUAUCCGAUCCGAGUGACGUUGGACAGCGAGGAGACCUUUGCCACCCUCGCUGAUAAGAUCGACAAUGUCCAUCAGUCUGCGUCAACCCAUGCAUUCAUUGGCUAUGACAAGGUCACACAACAUCUUCGUGGGCAGGUCGAGUCAAUCGUUCGCUAUUCGCCAGAUGGAAGUGGUCCCAUUUUCGCUGGCCAGUGCACUGGCUUCCCGUUGUUGUUCUUCAUCAACGGCGUCAGCCCUGCCACCCUGACGCUUUGCUAUUCGACCCUCACAAGAUCGAGUGAUGCACAGUUGCUCCUUGAUCACUUCUCUUACGCACUUCACAGCGCCCUCGACAAGUUCUACCUCCCCAACACUAUUCUGCAGAAACUGGAUCUUGCAUCCCGAGACGAGCAACUGCAACAAGUGCAAAUUGCCCGUUCGUUGGCACAGCCUCGCCGAACAUACACUAUCACGAAGUUGUUCGAGGAGCAGGUGGAGCGAACCCCAAAUGCUCCAGCUGUUCAGUUCGAGGAAAAUGCAGCCCUGAGCUUCGCAGAAUUGAACGCACUUGCCAACAGAGCUUCACAUGCGCUGUAUUCUCGAGAUAUCAGAGGCCAAGUGGUGCCCGUCUGCAUUGAACGAUCCACGUCCUUGAUCAUUGCGAUUCUCGCCGUGUUGAAGGCCGGGGCAGCUUACACUGUCCUCGAUCCAGCUGGCCCUGUGGAGCGAAAUCAGAGCAUUAUCAACACCUGUUCCGCGAAAAUGGUUCUGACGACCAGUGACAAUGUUUCUUUGUACCCAGGCACAGUUGCGCUGGAAGAUUUGAUCGAAUCCACAAACGAAAUGACCGCUUCCUCCAACCUUGACCUCGCCAUCAAGGCGCAGGAUCGGUGCUACAUCGUGUUCACCUCUGGUUCAACGGGCGCACCCAAGGGUGCAGUGCUUACGCAUGGAGCCGCGACAAAUGGAAUGCACUAUCAUUCCCUGAAGGGUCUUCAACGAUGGCUCCUUUUCUAUAACCCCACUUUCUCCGCUGCCCAACGAACCAUGCUGUCAACACUCGUUCACGGAGGCACAUUGCUUCUGGCCAGCAAAGAACGUAUGACCAGCAACCUUGCCGACAUCAUCCGCUCGAUGCAGGUUGAGGCUCUGGGUAUCACUCCUUCCGCUCUGUCCAUCAUCAAACCCGAGGAAGUUCCGUCUCUGAAGAGAGUCAUUCUGGUCGGGGAGAAGAUCACACGCGAGCUUGUGGUUGCCUGGGCCGAUGCGGUCGAGCUGCGCAACACAUACGGUUUGAGCGAAUGUGCGCAGUUGAACUUUGGCACACGUCUUUAUCCCAGCAGCAACCCUGGCGUGGUCGGCCUUCCAAGUGAUACAACACAGGUCUUCAUUUUGAAGCCUGGCACCACUGAGUUGACCCCCAUGGGCGUGUCUGGCGAAUUGUGUCUUGCCGGUCCUCAGCUUGCAUCAGGAUACCUGACUUCAGGCUCUAGCAACUCAGAUGUGACAUCAAGCGUCUUCAUCCCCAACCCAUUCGGCGCCGGCGUGAUGUAUCGGACCCGUGACAUCGCUCGAAUGCACGCCGAUGGUGUGGAAAUUCUCGGACGUCUUGAUUUCCAGGCCAAGAUCAAUGGACAGAAGAUCAACCCCGUUGAGGUAGAUCGGGUUCUUUCGCAGCAUUCUCGUGUUAACAAAUGUGCUGUUGUUGCCGUCGAUAUGCGGGAAAAACUGACCCUUGUGGCCGCAAUCGUGCCUUCCUCUGGCCAAUCAUGGCCGGAACUGGUAGCGUCCAUGAAGGAACUUGCAAGUGAGAAGCUUCCAGCUUUCAUGAUCCCAUCCCUAUGGAUGCAGCUAGACGUUCUGCCCACCAAUUCAAACGGCAAGACAGACGUCCGCGCGAUUCGGGCCCAGGCGUUGGAGAUCGGUUGGGAGUCGCUAGUCUCCGCCACUUUCUCAUCGGCGUCACAGACUAUUACUGAUCCCGUGGAGUCGAGAAUCGCCAGCACAUGGGCGGACAUCCUUUCGCUUCAAGCGACCACAAUCCGCCGCGAAAGCUCCUUCAUUGCAUUGGGAGGCACUUCGAUUGAAGCUAUCAAAGCCAUCAACGAGCUCCGGAAGAACGGUGUCUCCGUUGAUCUGGGCGAUCUCUUGAAUGGCAGCAGUCUUGAAAGUGUUGCAAAGCAAGCCGAGGUAGAUGCAGACGCAGAGCAAGAAUUAGAACCCUUCUCUCUUGUUUCAAACUCCAAACUUCGUCAGGAGCUUGAAAAACAAGACGGCGUGCUAGAUGCCUAUCCAGCGACACCUUUGCAGGAAGGCCUUCUUGCAACAAUCGAAGAGGACCAGUCUAUGUACAAUUACCGCAGGGUUUGGGAUAUCAGCAACCUCGACAAGACGAAGCUUCGAGCGGCUUUCCUGGAAGUCUUUGGCAAGAGUGACAUCCUCCGCACGUCUUUCGUUCCCGACCGACGCAGUUUCCUCCAGGUAUUGCGAAACGAUGUCGCCUUCCCUUGGGUUGAGGUUGACAAGAACCUCGACGACUACAUGGAGGACUCUAAGAAUGACAAGUUCACACUUGAUGGUCCGCUUGCCCGCUUCACCGUCACCCUCGACGACCGACUUGUUGUCACGACUCACCACUCCCUGUUUGAUUUCUGGUCCCACCGGUUCCUUUACCAGGAUGUUUCCCGGGUUUACCUCGGCCUGCCACUGAGCCCAAGAACCCCCUUCAAGAAUUUCGUGCGAUAUCUCGCGAAGUCUUCCAAGGCGGAACAGGAUGCUUACUGGCACAAAUACUUGGAAGGGGUAGAGCCAAGUAUUCUGAACACUGUCCCACAAAAUCAGACUUCUGUGGCAAAGAUCCAGCUUCCGUGGGAUCAAGGGCGCCAGGUGCUCACCAAGAACGGUCUUUCUGCUGGAUCUGUUCUGUACGCAGCUUGGGGCAUUGUUCUCUCUCACCACAUUCGUCAGUUGGAUGUUGCCUUUGUAACCACUCUUUCUGGCCGAGACGCACCGGUCACGGGAAUUGAGAGCAUUGAUGGCCCAACGUUGACUGUGGUCCCUCAGAGAGUCACCCUCGAUCCGGAGAGCACUUUGAUCAGCCUGACUCACUCCAUUCGGGACAACUUCCUUCGCACUUUGAAGCACGCUCAUCACGGAAUUCGCAAUGCUCUCGCAGCCGCCCAAUUGAAUUCGAGCUCUUUCGAUACCAUGGUCAACAUCCUCGUGAAAGAUGAGGAUACUGAGGAAAUGAGCCAAGUUUUCCAUCGCUACGGAGAGCGACCGGUGUGGCAAUCUGAAUUCACGACCCUGGAGAUUGAAGAGAUUGACAACGCUUUGCAAAUCAGCCUAUCAUCGCAGAUGGAACCAAGACGUGUCAAGUUCCUCUUGGACUCUUACGCCAAGGUCCUCCAGCAGUUUGUCAAAGAACCAAGCCAGCGAGUCCGUGAUUUGCAGACUAUUGGGACCGAGGAGAUGGACUUCCUUUACAACACCAUCUCCAACCGAGAGUCGCUUCACAUCCCUGCGCCAAGUCUCCUGCAUGAGCGGUUCGAGAACUUCGCGCUGGAAACUCCUGAUGUUGUUGCGAUUGACUGGGACAGUGAGAUUCAGGUCACCUACAAGCAGUUGGAUACUCAGGCAAACCUCUUGGCCAACUACUUGGUGUCGAAGGGGGUACAGGUCGGCGAUGCGGUCCCCCUUAUGCUCAACAAGUCGAUCGACACCAUGGUUGCGAUUUUGGGUGUGAUGAAGGCCGGCGCAGCUUAUGUUCCGCUUAGUCCAGACAACCCAAUUGACCGCAAUGCAUUUAUUGCAAAGGACGUGAAAGCCAGGUUCAUCAUUGUGCACGACGAAUUUAAGGCUGAUGUUGAUGGACUCCCUGAUCUCGAGGCAAUUGACGUCAAUGACGCUGGGAUUAGCGAGAUGUCCCCCAGCUCGCCGCAGACUCAAGUCUGCCCCGAAGACAUUGCGUAUAUCAUCUACACCAGUGGUAGUACUGGUCUUCCCAAGGGUGUCAUGGUGCCUCACCGCGCUGCCACUGCUGCCGUCGCGAGCAUGGCCGUUGCGGAGGGUCGAUAUGCUGGAGAGUGGAGGACCGUUCAGUUCGCCAACUACGUAUUUGACGCUUCGGUGCAAGACAUUUUCAACACCCUGAGCACAGGCGGUACACUUUGCAUGGCCCCUUCGGACAAGAUGCAGUCCGACCUGCCCGGUGUCAUUAACGAGAUGAACGCUCAUCAGGCAAUCCUGACUCCGACCGUGGCGAGAUUGAUGGACCCCGAAGAAAUUCCUUCAUUCCACACUCUUAUUGUCGGGGGUGAGCCAUUGACCCCGGAUAUCAUCGCCAAAUGGAGCCCUGGACACCGCAUUCUCAAUGUUUACGGACCUACCGAAACUUCAAUGGUCAUUACAACCAAGGAUGUGGACCCCGCCGGACGACCGAGCAACAUUGGCGCGCCUUUCCCAACGGUAAUGGGAUUUGUCCUUGACCCCAAUGGAACGGAUUUGGUGCCCUACGGCGCAGUUGGCGAGCUUUGCGUUGCUGGCCCACAGGUAACCGCAGGGUACGUUGGCCGUGAUGACUUGACGAAGGCUGCAUUCUUGGAAAAUGUUCUCGAUACUCCGAAGAUGUACCGCACUGGUGACUUGGCACGUUGGCUUCCCGGCGGCGAGCUUGAAUGUCUGGGCCGCAAGGACAACCAGGUCAAGAUUCACGGUCACCGCAUUGAGCUGGCUGAGAUUGAGCAGACAAUUCUGAAGACUGAGUUGGUGCAAGGUACUGCCGUCCUGGCUAUCACCAUCAAGGGUAACAAGCACCUGGUUGCAGUGUGCGUCUUCAAUCCAGGGCCUUGCGAGAUUCUCAAGGCGGAAGACCAUGCGGAUGUUGCUCGUGAGCUACGCGCAUCACUCAGUACCCUUGCGAGCUACAUGAUUCCGAAGUACAUCAUCCCUGUUGGUGACUUCCCCAAGUCGCCUUCCCGGAAGACCGACCGAAAGGUGCUUACCCGCUGGAUUGAGCAGCUUGAUGCUAUGACAAUGAGCCAAUUUGCCUUUGAGGGAAGUGGCAUAAUGGAAGAGGUUGUGCCUGUGGAGACCAAGGCUGAGCAGACCCUACAGGAGAUCUGGUCGGAUGUCUUGGGAAUCCCGAUGGCCAACAUUGGCAAGAACUCGGACUUCCUGGCACUGGGUGGUGACUCCGUCGCUGCCAUCAGUGCAACCAGUCUGGCGAGAAAGGCCGGCUAUGCCUUGGGUGUCAAGAAUGUUCUCAAGACGCCCGUCUUGAGUGACUUGGCCGAGUUGAUGCGCACGGAUGAACGUCAGAAUCGGGCAUCUAGCAAGCCUGCCUACCAAGCGCCCCCCAGCGUUCUCGACGCAAUCAAGUCCAGCAACCUGAACCUUGAUGAUGAUGUGGAAUACGUCUACCCAUGCCCACCGGGACAGGUUCAGUUCUUGGAAGAGGGCGAGCGCCCUGAACAGAUGUGGGUGCUCAUGGCAGCUCGGGUCAUGCCAGAAUCUGUGAAUAUGAAUGACUGGGUUGUCGCUGUGCGAAAGCUCACGGAAGCGAAUGAUAUUCUUCGCACAUCAUGGAUUCGUGUGAACCGGAAGGAGUGGGCAGGCGUGGUGCUCAAAUCGAGCGAUCUGGAUCUCAUGGUCGUUCCUUGUGCCAACGAGGAUGAACGCUCCGCAAUUGUGGAAGCCUUCUGGGAGGAACGAUUCCAGUUUGGCAACCCCUUCAUCAAAUAUGCUAUCCUGGAAUACCCUGACGGUCAAUGGGAGACCGUGAUCAAGAUGAACCAUGCCGCCUACGAUGGUACUCUGCUGCGCAUCUUCGAUGAACACUUUGGGGCUAUCCUCAAGGGCACUCCUCUCCCGCCGCAUGGCCAAUUCAAGGACUUUGCCACACACAUCUAUCAGUCGGACCGUGACUCCACCCUCCAGUUCUGGAAGGAGACCAUGCAGGGCAAGUCCUAUUCAUGGCCCGCGGCAUCCAAUCCUAAAGUGAACGCUUCGGUUCGCCAAAUGGUGACUCGGAAUCUGGAGACUACUGCUCGGGCGCAUGGUGUCACUGUAUCUAUCAUCUUCCAGGCAGCCUACCAGAUCUGGCUCGCCAAGGCCAGCGGCCAAACAGACAUCAGCUUCGACUACCUCCUCAGUGGACGCAACGUCGACAUGGCGGACGUUGAUCCCCAGACCGUCAAUGGUACCCUGGCCAACUUCCUUCCGGUCCGCUCCAACCUCGACUUCAACCAAUCUCUCAAGGCCUACCUCGAAGGUAUUCAGGACAUGUUCUGGGCCAUCACCGAGAAUGGAAAUGUUGGCUUGAACGACAUCUACGACGCUGCUGAGCUGUCUCGCGACACGGCACGAAACAACUGUCUCUUCCUGUACCAGCCCUUCCAGCCAAGUGCCAACUCUGCUGAAGAGCUCGCCAGUCGGUGGUUGGUCAUGGCCAAGUCCAAGGUUCGGAUGUUCCAGCCGUACGCUCUUGUCGUGGAGGUUUCCAAAGCACCCAACAACGAGCACCGUCUCACAAUCAUGUAUGAUUCGGAUGUAUUCGAGCAAGAAGCGGCGCAGCAGAUUGCCACCGAGAUUAUUGAUUUGACCGACAAGUUGGCUGAAGUUUCCUCAGGGAGUGACUCGCUACACGUUCUCCAGACCAAAAGUGAUUGA